AUGGAUGAGAGUAAUUACGAUUCUCCAGACGAAUAUACAAGCCUGAUGGACGCCCACGUAGCUGAGACACGAUCUGACAGCUCUGGUCUGGUCAGUGAAAAGAGAAAACGUCGUGCAAAACCACCCACCAACUAUGAAGAUGGAAGUUUACCAGAAGUGCGCGUAGAAAAUCCAGGUUCAUCUGGAUUCUUCAGUAGUUCUAGAAAUGCUCCAGCUCUCGGUCCAGGUGAUGAUCCAGACAGCUACCAGCAAGAAGAGUUUGAAGAAGGUUUAAAGUAUGGAGCGACUCAUGUCAUUAAAUUAUUUGUUCCUGUUUCGUUGUGUAUGCUGGUAGUUGUAGCAACUAUCAGUUCCAUUACAUUUUAUACAAUGAAAGGAGAAUAUUUAAUUUAUACACCAUUUCACGAUGAUGGAGCAGAUACUAGUACUAAAGUUUGGCAAGCAGCUGCCAAUGCAAUGAUUUUAAUGUUCGUAAUAAUUUGCAUGACUGUACUGCUAAUCGUCCUCUACAAAUACAAAUUUUAUAAAUUUAUCCAUGCCUGGUUGAUAAUGAGUUCAUUGAUGUUACUUUUUAUUUUUACGGCGCUAUAUUGCGAGGAAGUAUUAAAAGCUUACAACAUUCCGAUGGAUUUGAUAACACUGGCAAUAAUUUUAUGGAAUUUUGGAGUCGUUGGAAUGAUAUGUAUUCAUUGGCAGGGUCCGCUAGCCCUUCAACAAGCUUAUUUAAUAUUUAUUGCCGCUCUUAUGGCUUUGGUAUUUAUAAAAUACUUACCCGAGUGGACGGCGUGGUUUGUUUUGGCUGUUAUUAGUAUCUGGGACUUAAUUGCCGUUUUAACACCUAAUGGUCCGCUGAGGGUGUUAGUAGAAAUGGCUCAAGAACGUAAUGAACCCAUUUUCCCAGCUCUCAUUUACUCUUCAACAAUAAUGUACAGUUUUACUGUAAGUUAUGCCGGAUACUUUGGAGCAGCAACGAUGGCCAAUGAUGAAUCUGCUGCGGGAGAUAGUGUAAGGUCGCCAGCAAGAGCUCAAACAAGAAAUAAUACUGCAUCAGUAAGUGGAGAUGAGGCCGGAUUCACAAGAGACUGGGUAGACCAUCAUGAUGAACGCAGCGCGCGGAGAGCUGAAGAAAUUAAUCGCACUGGAGAGUUAACUGGACGAGUAGAAGUACAACCUCAGCAGCAAUAUCAACGAAAUGUUCCUGACGAAGAACGUGGUGUUAAAUUGGGACUCGGUGAUUUCAUUUUUUACAGUGUUUUAGUUGGUAAAGCAUCAAGUUAUGGUGAUUGGAAUACAACUUUAGCUUGUUUUGUGGCUAUUCUUAUUGGACUUUGUUUAACACUUUUGUUACUUGCAAUUUUUCAAAAAGCUUUGCCAGCAUUGCCUAUAUCAAUAACUUUUGGUUUGAUAUUUUACUUUGCUACUCGCGUAAUUGUUGCUCCUUUUGCCGAUAGUUUAGCAAGUGAACAAGUAUUUAUUUAG